AUGUCGAGCAUCCCAGUAAAGGAGAACGGCGGAGUGCCAUUUCCCUAUCCGAUGCUAAGUCCUCACAAUUAUACUGUGUGGGCAAUAAAGACAGAGGCGAUCCUUGAUGCCCAGGGAGUCUGGGAGGCGGUGGAGCCAGCGGAAGGAGCCCAGGUGGAUGCAAAGAAGGACAAAAAUGCACGUGCAUACAUCCUGCAGUGUGUCCCCGAAGACAUCCUUCUCCAGAUCGCAACAAAGAAGAUGGCGAAGGAAGUCUGGGACAGCCUCAAGACGAGGUACCUUGGUAGUGAUCGAGUGAAGAAGGCACGUGUACAAACAUUGAAGAGCGAGUUUGACGCUUUCCGGAUGAAAGAGACCGAAACGAUUGAUGAGUUUGCUAGCAAACUCAGCGCCCUAAGCAGCAAGUUCUCCACCCUUGGAGCCACGCUUGAAGAUUCCUCGUUGGUAAAAAAAUUGCUCGAUUCUGUCCUUGAUAAAUUCUUUCCUAUUGUUGCUGGUAUUGAGCAAUUCUACGACCUUGAGUCUAUACCAUUUGAGGAGGUUAUAGGGCGACUGAAGGCGUACGAAGAACGAACGCUACGACUACGCAGCAACACCAACGGCACUGAAGGUGAGCUCCUAUUAACUCAUGCUGAAUGGCAAAUGCGACAGAAGGGGAGCAACGUGGACACUUCGUCAGGAGGAAAGGGGUGUGGGUCCAGCAGCCCUAGUCGUGGCAAAUGGCGUGGACGUGGGCGAGGGUGCGGUCGUGGCUGUGGUACGCAAUGCCAAGACAGUGCAGGAGGGACUAGCGGCAACAACAGUGGCACUCGAGACAAGAGACAUAUAAAAUGUUUCAAUUGCGAGAAAAUGGGGCAUUAUGCGUCCGAAUGCUACAACAAGCGGUGUGAUGAUGAGGCUCACCUCACUUGUGCCACCGAUGAAGAGCCGGCACUGAUGAUGACCGUGUCCCACGAGGAGUCUGACACUAGGCGUGAGCGGCAGAAUACCAUUCUGCUCAGUGAAGAUAGGUUGCUACCGGAGAUUUACCGCGGCGUUAAGAAAGAAGAUAAAGACAUCUGGUACCUUGACAAUGAAACUGGGAACGAAGUGCACAUGGAGAAAGAUAUCAUGAAGGUGAUUGAUAGGUGCGGGAAGCUCUUGAUGCGGGUAAAGCGAACACAAAAUCGCUUGUACAAGCUGUUAGGGGAGAAGAAAUUGGUAGUUGAUGUGCCUCCAUUGCCCCUGCCGAACAAGCUUUGCGAGGUAUGUGUGGUCGCUAAACAUGCAAGGUCACCAUUCCUGCACCAAGCAAACUUUAGAGCGACAAAGUCGUUGGAACUUCUCCAUGCUGAUAUUUGCGGGCCAAUUUCACCAAGUACACUGGCUGGUAACAAAUAUUUCUUUUUGAUUGUUGAUGAUUGUACAAGAUGGAUGUGGGUAUUUGUAUUGGCAGCAAAGAAAGAUGUAUUCCAAACAUUCAAGAAAUUCAAGUCUGUGACGGAGAACACGACUGAGUACAAGAUCAAAACACUUCGGACAGACCGUGGCGGUGAGUUUCUAUCCACAGAGUUCACUCGAUUCUGUGAAAAUGAAGGGAUCGAGCGGCACCUUACGGCUCCCUACACACCCCAACAGAAUGGCGUUGUAGAGCGCCGUAAUCGCACUGUGAUGGCCAUGGCAAGAUCUCUCCUCAAGGGUACACAUAUGCCGGCAAGGUUCUGGGGAGAGGCAGUUAGGCAUGCUGUCUAUCUGCUAAAUCGUCUCCCAACUAAGGCGCUAGGAGACCGUACCCCAUUUGAAGCCUGGAUGGGGAGAAAGCCACAUCUCGCCCACUUGAGAGUGUUCGGUUGUGUUGCAUACGUGAAAAAUACAACCCCUCACCUGAAGAAACUUGACGACAGAAGUUCACCCAUGGUAUACUUGGGUGUCGAGGAAGGCUGCAAAGCUCAUCGUCUAUUUGAUCCAAGGCAUGACAAGCUACAAGUAAGUAGAGAUGUAGUAUUUCAAGAAAAUAGUGAAUGGACAUGGACUGCAGGUGCUAACCAUGAAGAAAACUUACCGGAGUUUAUGGUGGAGGAUACACUCGACACCGACGAGGUGAUUGUUGUAGCAGACAUUGAGGCAGGAACAGAAGAUGUCGCACCACCAGCAACAGUCGUGGUACCCAUGACAAGAGCAUCAAGUCCAUCUACAUCAUCAUCGAGCACCCAUACAACUACCUCACCUGACUCUCAUGAAGGGCCAGUUCGGUUUAGGUCCAUUGCCGAUAUCUAUGCCAACACUGAGGAAGUGGUUGGUAUUGAUGAAGAAGAGAAUGAGGAAAUGCUGAUGAUGUCUGAAGAGCCGACUUGUUACCAAGAGGCUGCAACCGAGGCUUGCUAG